AGUCUCGGUUACAAGCUGGAUUGUAUAGAUGGAGAUGCAGCAGAGAUGAAAAUUUUAUCGCAAAACAUUUCGUGUUUUAGCGAUCGACCCAGAAAACAGAAUUGCGAGAUUAACUAGAAAAGAGAUCAUGGACGAUGAUGAUGAUGCUUGCGCAUCUAAAUUUCUUAACACAACUCUUGAUUUUGGCUUAUUCAGUUAUGCUCCUAGUGUUGUGAACCUGACUCUUUACUUCGAUUGUCCAAAUAAUCUAAGUAGUAACUUCUCGUCGCAUCCACUUCCCUUAAAGUUGAAGUGUGGAAUCAACAGCACGGGAAGUAGUACUCCUACCACAACUGACGCUUAUUUUGUUAUUUCCAAUACCUCGAGAGGUUCUUCUCCUAUGGUAUCAUCAUAUGGUAGAAGUGUAGAAGUUCCUAUCAUGGGUUCAGCUAUAUCAGGUCUUACUGAUAAUCCCUCGUCUCUUCUUAGAGUUUUAAAGGAGGGUUUUGAUGUGAGUUAUGAAGCAUCAACUAGUCGAAACGAUAUGGAAUUCUGUUUGAGCUGUAGUGCUUCUGGUGGAACAUGUGGAUACUAUGAAGACUCCACGGUCAAGAGCUUGACCUGUUUUUGUCGCAACGGUGGCAAUGGAAACACUUGUGGUGGUGGUUCUAGUUCCGUUGAAGGUAAGGCGCCAAAACUAAGAAGAAAAUUGAUAAUAGGAGGAGCUACACUUGGUGUGCUGCUAGUUUCGGUCUUAUUGAUCAUCCUAAUCUGUUGCUUCAGGAGGAAAUUCUCAUUGGGUAGUCGUAGUUCAUUCAAGUGGUUAUGCAGGAAGGAGCAAAAUAAGCAUCAAACACGACUUAUAGAUGCCUUCUUCGAAAAUUAUGGAUCUUUAGCUCCAAAGAGAUUCAAGUAUGCUGAAGUCAAGAAAAUGACAAGUUAUUUUAAAGAGAAACUCGGUCAAGGAGGUUAUGGGUCUGUGUUCAAAGGACAGCUUCAUGAUGGUCGUUUGGUUGCGGUGAAGGUUUUGUCUGAUAUAUCCAAAAGUAGCAAGAGUAAUGGAGAAGAAUUCUUGAAUGAGGUUGCAAGCAUUAGUAAGACUUCCCAUGUAAAUGUGGUAAAACUUAUUGGGUUUUGCUACAAUGGUAACAAAAGAGCUCUCAUCUAUGAGUUUAUGCCAAACGGUUCUCUUGAUAAAUUCAUUUACCAAAACAAACAGUUAGCCGAUCCAAGUUUUACAUUAGGAUGGGAAUCAUUAUUCCAGUUUGCAAUUGGAAUUAGUCGUGGACUAGAGUAUCUGCAUCGCGGUUGCACCACAAGAAUCCUACAUUUUGAUAUAAAGCCUCAAAACAUUCUCUUAGAUAAGAACUUCCGCCCAAAGAUAGCAGACUUUGGUCUGGCUAAGUUGUGUUCUGGAAUGGAUAGCAUUAUAUCCAUGUUGGGGACAAGAGGAACUGCUGGUUAUAUUGCUCCCGAAGUAUUCAGUAGAAAUUUCGGAGGAAUCUCCCACAAGUCUGAUGUUUAUAGCUAUGGGAUGAUGGUAUUGGAAAUGGUCGGGGGUAGAAAAAACAUUGAUGUGCAAGUGGAAUUGGAUCAUUCUUCUCAACUCUAUUUUCCACAUUGGAUUUAUGACCGUCUCAAAUUAGAAAAGGAUCUUGGAUUGCAGGGGCUUAUGAUGGAGGAAACAGAAAAACUUGCUAAGAAGUUGACUAUAGUGGGUUUGUGGUGCAUACAGACUAACCCUUUAAGUAGGCCUUCAAUGAGUAAAGUAUUGGAAAUGUUGGAAGGAAGCGUCGAAUCCUUGAAACUUCCACCAAAACCUUUCCUUUCUUCACCACCUCCAAGAUCAACUAGUUCCUCCUAUCAUCCGUCUAACACGAGGGAGGAGCAAUCUUCCAGUAUCUCAGGAGGAGAAAACACCUUACAUGGAAUAGAAGCUAUCCCAAUUCUCUAUAAUGCAAAAGCAGGGAAUGACAGCUUAUCCACCAUGGAAGUGUUCCGAAUUCGCAGUGAUGCAAAAUCAGGGAAUGCAAGCUUACCUGCCAUUGAAGGGUUGCAAAUUCAUGGUGAUGCAAAACCAGGCAAUAGGCUGCGAGCAUGCGGGUUUCCUAAAUGUGGGACUGCUUUAUGCAUGUUUCAGUGGACUCGACAUCUUGAUCCUAAUGAAAACAGGCCUUCGUACAUUGAAGGAGCUACAGAUCCAGAUUAUGUAGUCACUGCUGAUGAUGUCGAUAAGCUUAUUGCUGUCGAUUGCAUCCCAAUGAAUGGUGACGGCUGCCAGGGUGAAUUGAUGAGACUUUUUGCCAAUAAUCAGACAAAAAUAACAUGUGAUCUAGAAAUGCAAAUGAAGAUUAAGACUCACAUAUCCGAAGGUCAAGCCAGAUUUAAUGUCCUACGGAUACUAUGGAAGGAUACAUCUAAAGUUUGGGAGCCAAGAACGUUCAUUUUGAACAGCCAAAGCUUCCAAAUUAGGAACGUAGAUGAUCUGAUAUUUCAGGAGGAUUACUCAGAUAACUCAUAUAUUCAAAUUCCGUAUGGGCACACGGCACAGCUUGUGUUAACAUGCUCAGAUGGGAGUUCUCAUCUUUUUAGCACAGGCAAUGAUGUUCGAAUGCGCGAUAUUCUUGUAUUGACAAUGAGAACCUUUCAAAGCAAGGCAUUAUAUGAUAAGAAAAAGGAGAAAGCCUAGCUAAACUUUCGGAUUUUUUCACGAGAUCAGAAACUUCAUGAUUCUUUGUGCGGAAACUAAAACUCGAGGUUAGAUCAUAAAUAUGAGGCCUUGAGGCUGAAGUAUAUAAUCCUUGCCUCGACUUAGAAUUGAUGUAGGUGUGUGUUUGAGACUUUCUUCUCUGUUGCAGUAUAUAUAAACUUUCCAACAAUCUUAAGAAAAUUCAUCGUGCCUUCUGAGUGCAAAUUUGUGCACCCUUCAAAACCGGGAUGCACAAUACUGCCGUUUUAUUAGUCUAAAUCGUCGAGCGGUUUUCC